AUGAGAUCCAGUCAUCAUCAAGUCAACCCCUCCGUCUUCCAGGCUCCAGCAGACCUUGAUUGCUUCAGACUGGCCGUCGAAGAGACCCGAAGAUCUAACUCGGGCAAUUUCUUACACAACAAAAAUUUGCAAGCUCAUGUCGCCAAGCAGUCAAACGCUGUAUCCUUCGGACCGGACCCUCUCGACGCGUCCUGCCGUCGCCAACUCUCGAGUUCCGUGGAGAGAGAGGACCUUAUAAUCGAACUUGAUCAAUGGCCUUCACAAACUUUUUCUGGGCUCGGCCUGGCUGGCUCGCCUUCGAUAUUUAACGUUUCCUGGCAUAUUCCGGAAGACCCGCUAGAUUGUAGUCGAUCGUCGGAAUCCACACUGUCAGAGGCUAGAGCUGGAUCAUUCAACACUCGAGUGCUCGAUGAUCCGGCCUCUCCUCCAGGAAGCCAUCGGCAUUUGGGCCGGUCAAUCCGAACCCUCUCCUGGGAAACUGUGGGUGUCUAUAGCUUGCGGAUGAAUGAUGCCAUGGUGUUGGUCCAGGCCCAGUUUCUACAUACAUGGGGGCUUUCGAAGCUUCAAAAGGAAGAAAGUUAUGGGGUCGAGCCGGUCGAUCAACAGAGCCCAGCAGGGCCAUCAUGGAGCGGACUCGCGAGAUGGGCAUCCCGCAUCGAGGGUUUUGAGAUCUCAGCUUAG